AUGAGUGUAGAUUUAAACAAAGUUAUAAAUACAAUCAAAGAAAGAGAAUUAGAUAAAGUAAUAGAGUUGUACAAAGAUAGAAAUGAAUUGAUUAAUGAUCUAUUCAGUGUUUUAAAUUCAAAUUUCACUCAAAAAAAUAUUGUUGAGGAUUGUUUCUUCAUUUUGAAUGAAAUGAUAUCAAACACGAUUUGGAAUGAUCUAACAUUGACAACAAAGAUUGAAUUACAAUCAAAAUCAUUGGAUCUUCUUGAAUUGGAAUGUAAUCAUCUCAACACAAUCACAAUUGAAUUCAUUAACUACCUUUAUCACAAUCAUAAUCAUGAAAUCAAUGAAUAUCAAAGUAUAUUACAAUCAAUAUCAAAAAGAUAUAUCAAACAUAACAAUACUGAAUUUAGAUUCACAUGUUUGGAAUUGAUUUGUUUGAUUUUAAAAUCAAAAGUAUCAACUGAAGAAAUCAAUGAAUUCGAAUCAUCACUUUCAAAUUUGAUCACAAUCAGCUUUGAACAACCCAAUGACAAUACAUUGUAUUUUAUCAAACAUUUCGAAAUAAUCAAACCAAAUUUUCCUGAUUUACGUAUAGAAAAUGAAACAAUUACGACCUAUCUUAACAAUAGAUUUGAUGAUUAUAUCAUGAGUGAAUCAUACAACACAACAGUUUUCUCGAAUUUCUUUGAAGAAAUAUUUGAAUUAUCAGAUUCAAAUAAAUUGGAUGAUCGUAUCGCUCUUGUUUUAUUGAGUAAUCUAAUAUCUGCUACCGAAGACGAAGAUGUUCAAAUUGAAGAAGAAUUCAAAGAUAAAUACUUGCAUUUCAUUUUCAAACAAUUUUUUAAAAUAGAUGAUACACAAGUUCAAAGAUGGGAUGAUCAAAAACAAGUGUGUAGUUCCUCAGGCUUUCCAAUUCUAUGUUUAAAUUCAAUAGCUUUUACAUACGACAAGCUUUUAUAUCAAAGAUUCAAGGAGUUAAAAGAUCAAGUCAUUCAAACUGGAGAUUGGAAACAGUUAUGUGGAUUAUCAACUAUAGCUAGCGUGACACUUAAAGAUUAUAUCGAUGAAUAUACUUAUAUUGGUGUUUAUAAAUGGAUUUCUGAAUACUUUGUUCAUCCAGAACCAUAUGUAAGAGCAAACUAUAUCGAAUUAGCUGUAGCUUUGAUCGAACAAUGUGAACCAACAGUUGAAGAAACCAUUACUUUAUUGGAUAAUGUGUUGAGUUUGAAUGAUAGUCAUCCACCUGUCCAAAGAGGAAUAUUUAAAUUAAUCAACACAAUGAUUGCAUUGGAAAAUUCAAAAUUCAAAGAAAAGAUCGAUCGAGUUUUAGAGUACUGCUCGAAAUAUAUGAAUAUCGAACAACCAAAUGAUAUUAUAGAAGGUGUUGUUGGUUUAAUAGGUGGCAUCUGUGGCUCCAUGUUUGAAAGUAUUUCAAAAUAUGCCAAUAGUUAUCUUUCAUUCAUGAUGUCAAUCAUAAAGAGUGAUAGAUUCAAUCCACACAGUCACAUGUUUGGUAUAGUUCUUGAAGCAAUAAGUGUUAUCAUUUUAGAAUCUCACGGCUCGGUCGAUGUUGGUUUCAAACAUUCAUUUGAAACCAUUGAGAUUAUCAAGAGAAACAUGCCACCUCAUACCGAUGAGACAUCGGGUAACUACGCCAGAUCUUUGGUUCGAUUUGUCCAAGCAUUGAAAGCGAAAUUCCAACCACAUUAUGAAUUCCUCAUUCACUACCUUAUCAAUACUCUCGAUUUCCAAUGGGAUGAAAUCAAGCAAAUCUCGCAGGAUGAACUAGAUUCUCGUCAUGAGACCAUUGGGUUGACAAUUGCAUUGAUUCCCCUGCUUACAUCCGAACAACAACCAUCAAUCCAACCAUACAUCGGACAACUUAUAACCCAGCUUUACAAAAUGAUCGACUUUGGAUCAGUAAUAAUCAAAGAAGAUUCAGUUCGUUUACUUUCACUUUUAUUUGAAACUACAAUUACACACUAUCAACUCACUAAUCUCAAUAACAAAUCCAACACAAACAACAAACAUAUCGAAACACUUCGUCAAUCGAUCAUAAGUAGACUCCAACAAUCGAUUGAUAUGGAAGAGGACGAAGAUGUUUUAGAAAUCAAAGAAGAGGAACUUGAAAAUAUUAAUUAUAAUACCGAGAGCAAAUUUCCUACAUGUUUUUAUCAAAGCAGUAAAGAAUUUAAUAUUAUUUAUCUUUUUGUAAAAUUUAAGAAGAAACAUGCCACUCAUAACAACCCAGCUAUGAAUAACUACUCAAGAUCUUUAGUUCAAUUUGUUCAAUCACUUAAAUCGCAAUUCACUCUCUUAUCAAUUUUCUCGAUUUCCAAUCAUAUGAAAUCAAGAAAAUCUCACGAAGAACAUCCAUCGACCUAUCCUUAUAUCGGUCAAUUCAUACCUCAACUUUUCAAACUACUCGACUGUGAUUCCGCAAUUUACCCAGUACAUAUAAGAGAAAAACUGAUAUGUGGAUAUUUAGUUUACUCCUUUGAAUCAAUUAACAAUACCCCACCACAUUUUCAAAUACAAAACGAGCAUUGA